GUUAUUUUUUAUCAUAUAUGGCCGGCGAAAAUCCUCGGACUGAACCCUCCGCGAGGGUGCCGGCUGGAAAUGGGCACUACAGAGCAAUCCCGUGCGAUGUCGGGAGGGUGUCCAGCUAAGAUCAGAGAUCAGUGCUGUGUGCUUAUGCGUUUUCAUCGCUAUGCCAUACGGAAAUGGUCUUUGAUCGUGGUCUGGAGGUAGGGGCUGGAUCAAGGCGUUACGCGUACCGUACUGAGGAUCAGCCUGGCUGGGAGCCCCUAAAUAGCCCAGUCGCUAACGGAGCCCUCUGGGAACCAGGCCGCACCCGGUUGCAUUCGAUGGCUUUACCCUGGGUACUGCGGAUCUCUGCCCGGGGCCGACGAACCCUUUCUCCGCGACUCGUUGGAAUAUGAGCGAUUUAAAAAAUAAACUAAAAUCAACAACAACGGAAAUUGAGACCGGCACUCAUAAAAAGUCGGAAGGGCAGUUGCCCAGACACCAUGGGGCCCAUGCGAUGCAGGGUCCCUCUACUAGCCACGACGUGGCCAACACUAGUGGGGUACGUAAGCCUCUGGCGAUGCCGGGGUCAGGCGUAUCCACAAAAGCGGAAAGGAAGAGGGUGGGGGAACCGAAACGGGAUUUUCCCGGCACCAGUGAAGGCAAACCUGGCUUGCAGCUUGCAGCCCCAGAGGGCGCCAGAGCUGAUGCGCGGGCCCCGCCUCCCCCUACUCCUACUGCAUUCACAAGGCCUGAUGACAGGCCACCACCAAGCGCAGCCAUUGCUAAGCACAGGAAGGCUGCCAUGAGGAUCUUGAAGAGAUCCACAUUAACACCGGACCUAUGUAGCAGGGCGCUGCCCUGUCACGUGGAAGAGAUCCGGUCGGAGAUAGCGUGGGCAAUGACGAUAGUGCCCGACUAUCAGCUGCCGGUGCUCGGAGAGCCACCAGCUGCGGAAAAGCGCAAUAGAUCGAUAGAGGUUGCGCAAAACAAGUCGAAGAGAGCCAGGACGCAAGGCCUCACCUUUGCUGAGGUGGCCAAAAAUCGGAUCCUCCUGGGUGUGCUCGAUGAGAACCAGGAAGACGAAUUGGCUCUGAGAGCUCAUUGGAAAUGGGUUAAAGCGGAAUUGGCGAACAUCUGCGUUAGCGUGCUUCGGGAGCACCCCGGACCACCUCCGAUAUGCCGGGACGCAGGUUGGUUCCAAGGCAACGUCAAGAUCGUCGCGUGCGACGAUGAAAGGUCUGCGGGCAUGUACAAGAAGGCGAUGGCCAUACUGGGAGAGGUCUACCCCGGAGCGAUGCUACGGGCUGUGGACUUUAAGGACAUCCCAUCCAGGCCUAGAGCAAGGGCAUGGAUACCGGCCAAACCGACCGAACCAGAAAGAGUGCUUGAGAUUACAAGGCUCUUUAAUCCCGAGUUACCCUCUCACAAUUGGAAGGUGGUGCGGCUAGAGCAUAGCACAAAGGCGACUCGUCAGGCGGUCCUUUUGCCAAAUAAGGAGUCGUUGCCACUCCUCGAAAAGACUGGGGGCGUCAUCAAUUACGGUUUCGACACCGUAAAGAUAAGGGUGUACACGAACGACGUGAACGCAGCAAGAGGCAACGAAGUCCAGCUCUCCAAGGGGGCAGCAGACAUCGCCCUCAUCCAGGAGCCUUGGGUGAUAGGGCAUAGAAUAUGCGGGCUGAAGUCGGCAGAGCACACUUUGAUAAGUGGAGCUACCAUAGUUCAGUGACGAGGACACCACCACCAUCAGUCUGGAGGCGAACGGACGACAAAUAAGGCUUGCCUCGAUGUAUCUGGCACAUGACAGGCCUGUUCCAACCCUACCGGUCGAACAUUUAGUGGAGCGCUGGGACGGGGCCCUGAUUCUAGGAGGUGAUGCAAAUGCACACCAUAGCACAUGGGGAAGUGGAGACAUCAAUGAACGGGGUGAGUCACUCUUUGAAUUCAUACUAAAAUCUAACUUAGUUAUAAGCAAUAGGGGUAGCGAGCCUACCUUCAUAACGAAGAGCAGAAUAGAGGUCCUGGAUGUUACCCUCGUCUCAGAAGAUGCGGAGGUCAUGAUCAGGAACUGGAGGGUGCUUGAUGAGCAUUCCUUCUCUGAUCAUCGCUUCAUCCAAUUCGAUUUAGAUGGGGUCCUGCCAAAAGAAAUCUAAGGAAAGCCGACUGGCAUAAGUACAGAAAAGAGCUUGACAAGCGGCUCUCAAGAACCACACUAGCAAUUCCAGGAAACUCUAGGGACCUAGAUAGGCUGGCAAAUCGCUUUACUGCGGCAUGUGGCAAGGCUCUGGAUCAGGCCUGCCCCAUGGUAAAGCCGAGAGGCAAAAAGAAACCACCUUGGUGGAGUACAGAGAUUGACGAGGCCCGCAAAAAUUGUCGUAGAGCCUUCAAUCUCGCAAAAUCCUCGGGAGGCGAUAUGCAAUGGGAAAUCCAUAAGUUAAACUUGAAAGAUUACAAGAAACUACUAAGGAAGAGCAAGAGAUCCUCAUGGAGGAACUUUUGCAGUGGUAUGGAAUCCGUAUCAGAAGGUUCUAGGCUCAGGAAGGUUCUCUCUAGUUCACCUCGUAUCGCCCCGGGAUGCUUGCUAAGAUCCGACGGAGCGUGGACGGAAACUGGGGAGGAAUCCCUGGACCAUCUUCUGAGCACGCACUUUCCAGGCGCCACCGAGCAGCCAUUGAACGGGCCAAUAAGAAAUAGAGGUCAACCGGUUACGGUAGACCUCAUCACCAAAGAAAAACUAAUGUGGGCAAUAGGGUCCUUCAAGCCUUACAAAUCUGCGGGUCCCGAUGGUGUUACACCGAUUCAGCUGCAGCAAUCUAUGGAGCUAAGCUCAAAAUGGCUGUAUGCUACUUUUAAGGGAGUCCUCACUCUCAACUACAUUCCGGAGACCUGGCAAAGGUCAAAGGUUGUCUUCAUUCCUAAAGCGGGAAGAACAUCCCAUACUAGCGCCAAGGAUUUUA